CGGCUGCAUGAACGAAGACUGGGAAAUGAGAAAACGUUACAUGAAGGUACUUUUAGACACUAUAUAUGAAUGAACGAAGACUACAGUUGAGAAGACGUUCAAAAGUCAAAAAAGUUUUGGAACCAAGCUAUUUAAGUAAUCUGAAAUAAGGAGACAGCUUACUGAUUACACGUAUAUUCAGAUAGUUCCAAAAUGGACGAGAUCCUUCAAAAUUUAUGCACAUGCGGCAUAUGCCAUGAACCUGUCAACUACGCUAAGAAACUGAAGUGUCAACAUGUAUUCUGUCACGAAUGUUUGAUCGGCUACAUAACACAGUAUCUUGGUCAAACCUCAUUCCCAUGUCCUGUGUGUAGUUAUAAACACGUACCACAAGAACCGGAAACGGAAGUGGGUGAGUCCAUGUUAUCGAAUUUAGAAGAGGAUUCCUUGACAAGAAGUUUAUGCCAGUUUUAUAGUCAAGAAAAUGAACGACCUGCGCUCCCAACCGAUGACGGUGUUUUCGCUCCGUUGUGUUCCUUUCAUCCCAGGAUCCGCUGCAGUUACUAUUGUGAGGCAUGCAACUCGCUUGCAUGUAUUCAAUGUAAACGAAACAUGCAUCACGGAUGUAAUCUUCUGGCCAUCACGAAAACGAUGGCAACCGUCUGCUACAACAGAAUUCGUCAAAUCUCGUCUGACCUAGACGCUGUUGUAUCUCAAACACAGCUCAUUCAUGGAAAAUUGACAUCAAAGUUAGAGCACGCUAUCCCAGACAGAGAAAAUACAGAAUCGACAGUGAAAGCUUAUUAUGCAGAUCUGAAGGAAAAGGUUGUGAAUUACCUAUGCCAACAAGAAGAAAUGAUUUUAAAAAAGGCGCGAAAAUUGGAAGAAAAAGAGAAAAUGCAUUUAGAACGAGACGUCUCUGUGUGUUCCUCGCUGCUUGCUUCUUUAGAUAAUCAGCAGAAACUUGCCAUAGCUCUACUUCUUCAGACGUCCAUGAAACCAUCCCAGAAUAUGGUUGUAGCAGGAGACCUGUCGAAAAAUGUGCUAUCUUUUGGAGAUGUUUUACCACUUCUGGAGUCGGACUUGACAAAGUCGUUUGACUUGAGAUUUAUGAUCAAUACUGAACUCGAAGACAAAUUGACCAACUCAGACAUUGUGAAUAUUGAAGUGAUUGAUAGCUGUCACUCAGGCCCCUAUGCAGUGACCGUUAAUGACGAAGAAAGUGAUGAUGUUUUUCAUGAUCAAUUGGCAAAUGUAACAACGGCGCCGCAAACGGAUUCACACGAAGGAGAUGAAGACAGCCUCCCUACAUAUGGGAGUGUGGUUCAGCACCCUUCCUUGCUAUUACACAGAUCGUCUGAUUCGUCUUCUUUCCCUCGUCCUGUUCCUACAGCCCCUCCGUUGCCACGGCAGCAGGAAAUGGAUGUUACGGACGUUCCUCACAUGCAGCCGUCGGCUCCUCCGCUUCCUGAGGCUGUAGACAAUGCCAAUUAUGCAGUAGUUCAUACUGAAUCUGAACCGCAUGUCAGUCCAUCCGUUGAUGUCUUGGUUACCACGUCUACCAGAGACGGGAUUGUGGGGUUAACAUAUAAGGAAUAUGUUGAUAUCCAGUUAUCCGGGGACAUUAACGUCCCGUUCGUGGUAGCUAUAGCAACUGUUGGGGAAACAUUUGUACUGAUCGACAAGUCAAAUUAUUGCAUGAAAGUUCUCAGUCAGCAUGGCGCUUUAUUGAAUGUGUAUGACUUCGGAUAUGUUGAACCGUGGGACGUCGCUGCUAUAUCUGAAGAGGAAUGCGUAGUCACUGCCCCGAAACAAAAACAGCUGCUUUUCCUCAGCGAUCCAGGUCUAAAGCAAGGAGAGGAAACAAGCGUCCGAAAGGCCCUGACUACGGGUCAGUAUGCACACAUUGCAUUUCACAAAGAAUCACAACAUUUGAUUGCCUGCCGAUGUCCGCCAUUUUGUGCAACACGAAUCGAUCUGAUUGAUUUGCAAGGACGCGUAAGGAGGAAAAUCUCGUUGGAUUACUGCACUAAUCCACGAAACAUUGUUGUGACGAACUCUUUUGACAUUAUAGUCAGUGACCUUGGUAUGUCAAAGGUCAUAUUCUUUAAAUCCGACGAUUCAACUGCCAUUCAUAAGAAGGAUUUCAUUGGGCAUGCGGCUGUGAGUUUGGCGAAACCGCAAGGCAUUGCAAUAGUUAAUGAACUCGACUUGGUUAUGCUUUUAGACAAGAGAAACGGAGAUGUCUCGGUAACAUCCUUUUCGGGACAAAUGAAAAAGGUUCUUCGUAACCAAAUUUCGGUGGAUGGGUCAGUUGAAGAGGAUUACCAGAUGUGUACAAAUAUUGACGGCACGACUCUAGCGGUAACCAAAACGGACGGGUUUGUGUCCCUGUACGAGAUAGAGUAUUCCUACCUCCCAUUUGCUACUCAGAUAUAGCACAACUAACUGUGGCUGUUGCUUUAAGGAUGGAUAAUGGUGUAAGGCUACGAACUAGUUAAGAUCGCUCGAAACAAGUUUGUAUUAUAAAGAGAAGUCCGUGUUUGUCCGGAGACUCUGUAUUGUAUUUCCAACAAAGAAAAGUUCCAAUUUGUUUCGCAUUUUUCUGACAUUUUUUAGUUUUUAUACGCCCGUCAAAUUUGACGGAAGUAUUAUGGUAUGGCGU